GCUCGGGGGGUUACAGUUUCGGAGUCUCAUUUAAGGAGGAGAAACCGCUCUGAGAAACUCUUCAAGCUUUCUACUCUCAGGAGAAAGAUCAUGGUAGAGAUUAAGAAUGAGAAGGAGUUUUCUAUGGAUUCAGAUAAAGAAUUUAGAGUCGCUUCUUGUUCUUCCUUAUCCGAUGGCAAUUCUGAUACCCCUGUUCUGAGAAGAAGAUCUGUUGUAGGGAGGCGGACUGGUCCAACUAAACGUUCAAGAAGAGGAGGCUGGACAGAAAAAGAGGAUAAUGUUCUAUUUGAAGCAGUCAAAAAGUACAAUGGAAAGAAUUGGAAGAAAAUAGCUGCAUAUCUCCCAGGUCGCUCAGAUAUUCAGUGCUUGCACCACUGGCAAAAGGUUCUGAAUCCUGAACUUGUCAAGGGAUCAUGGACAAAGGAGGAAGAUGACUGUAUAAUGGAGUUCGUCAAAAAGCAUGGUUGCAAGAGGUGGUCUCUUAUGGCUAAGUUCUUACCAGGUCGUAUAGGCAAGCAGUGCAGAGAGAGGUGGCACAAUCAUUUAGACCCAGAUAUAAAGAAAGAUGCAUGGACGGAUGAGGAGGAGUCAAUUCUUGGUUAUUACCACCAAAUCUAUGGUAACAGGUGGGCAGAAAUAGCAAGGUUUCUACCUGGAAGCAGGACGGACAAUGCAAUUAAGAAUCAUUGGAAUUGCUCGAUGAAGAAGAAACUCAAUUCACAAUCUAGCGAUGGUUGUCAAUGGGAUAUGUUCAUAAAUAUCUCUCCUGGUUUCUGCAGUCCUGAAUCAAAACCUACAUCUUCAGAUUUCUUCAGUUCUAAAACUAAAGUUGAAUGCAUGAAGGUUAAUGUGGAGGGACAGAGAUUUGGAAAAAUCUUCUCUCUUAAUCACGAUAUGGGUUUGGGGCACAGUGUUGACACUUGUCCUACUGAUUUGGUUCUUGGAAAUGCUUAUGGAAGAGAGAUUUGUUCAAUGGCAGAAUCUGUAACUGGUGAGAUUUCAGAAAGAGGGGAAAGUGAACCAUUGGAUCCACUAAAUGGGACACUGUUUGAAGGAACAGGAACUGCUGCAGCUAGUAUCAUCACUGGAUCCUUUGAUGCAUCUGCUUACACUAAACCAAGUUGUAAUUCUGUUGAAGUUCUUCCUGUUGCUGGCAAAUUAUUUGAAUCUCCAAAAAGGUUAGGGGAUUAUGCCUCAGGUGUAAUGAAUACAAGAGUGGGCAAUAAAUCUGACAAUCUAUUUACAACUUCGAGAACGUUGGAACUUGAUGAGGACAUGAGCCGUGUUUGCAUUAAAAACAAAGUCCAUAGUGAUUUGCUGCAUGCUGUAGAUACAAAUCAUGGUUGCUCACCUUCUGAGCCACCUUUGCUGAGUGAUUUGGUUAAUGCCAUAGAAACUGGUGGAUUUCUAAAUUCGAAUGAUUAUUUGAGGCAUCCGAUCACUCCGUUGUGUUAUUCUACUCCAGGUUCCGUUCAACAAGGUAUAUAUGCAUCUGGUAGCAGCCCAGAAUCCAUAUUACGGAACUCAGCAAUGACCUUUAAAAAUACACCUUCUAUAAUAAGGAAAAAGAGUUCCACUAAGGCUGGUAAUGAUGUCACCUGCACACCUGAGUGUCGAGUCUCAUCUAUUCGUGGCGGGCGAGAUGUCAAUAGUACAGACUUCCAAAACAUGAAGCAGGGUUUCAGCUCUUUCUUUCAUAGACCUGAAACUUCAGUUGGUUUUGUGUCUCUAGGCAGAUGCCUGGAAUAUGCAUUUGACUUGGAAAAGGAUUCAGUCCCUGCUAAUUGUGGCCGAUCAGUAUCUGCAAGUGCGUCUCAAAAUCCUGAUAUUGGUGCAAAUACAAUGUUGAUACCUUAAAAUGAUUGGAUUGUAAGUGAUUAACUUUACUUCAGAUUUUUACCCAUUUAUCGGCUAUCAAACUGAGCCUAAAACCUGUAUUGCAAAGAUCUACUUCCAUUACCAGGGACAGAGUAACUAAGAUCUGAUCGUAUUGAAAAAUUCCCAGUUUGUUUCUGUGUACACAGCAUCAUCUCAUCAAAUUACAUUUUGUUAGGCUUGCUUGAGAAGGAGAGAUGACCGUGUUGUGCAGAAUAGAUCUUGAAUUGUUUUAUUAUUCUUGGUAGGGAUUUUCUAGUGUGCAUAUUAUUAUACUCUCUUAAGCUAUCACAUGCUUGGGAACCUUCAUUCGAUGGAGAGGAAUGAAUGUAAAGAGGUAUUCGUUGCAUUUGUUCUUCGAGUGAAAAAUGGCUACAGAACUAGGCAGUUGUCAAAAGUGUCACCCGAGACUAACAGUAAUUUGUAUGCCUGCAGCAAUAUCGUAGAGAAAUUUGGUGGUUGUUGCUCCUUAUUCUGAAGUUG